CGCGGUUCCCCAGUGUCCUCCAGAACGCCCGCGUGGCUGUCGGGUUUCGAACCCCUGGGCCACCCUCGCCCUCGGCGCGCGCGCCGCCGCGUCGCCUACCAGGCUUCGGCCCCCGCAUCAAUCAUUAACCGGGCGGCCCAAGGAGGGGGAUGGUACGGAACUCGAGAGCCGGGACAACUCUAUCCCCCGAGGCGGCCGCGAAACCCUAGCCUGGGAGGCCCCCGCCCUUGCUCGGUGCGCCCGUCCCUCCCUCCGCGCCUCGGCUCGCACAUCCCCGCCUCCCGCUCCGGGGGCGGCGGCGGAGGCACCCGCACCGCGCGAUGCCCAGUCACCGCCGCCGCCGCCGCAGUCAGCCGCGCCGCCGCCGCCGCCUCAGCCGCCGCUGCCGCAGCGCGGGCGGCCGCGCGCCGAUAGCAGGGGCUUGGCGAGGAAGCCGCUGAGCCCCGCGCGCUCCGCGCUCCUGCCGGUCGCCGCGCUGCCUAUUAAUUGAGUCUCUCAUUGAUUUAUUUAAUUUUUAGGAGCAGCUGCUCGGAGGCACGGGUCUUCUCUUAAACCCGCAGCGACGCCCCCGGCGCGGGCACAAAGGCUCCGACGGCGGUCGGCGGGGGCUGCCCAGGGCCCGGGAGCCAGCGCCAGAGGUCGCCUGCGCGCGCCCUAGCCGAGCCCCGGGCACCAUGCCGCGGCGCCUGCAGCCCCGGGGCGCGGGCACCAAGGGCCCUCCGGCCCCGGCCCCGACCCCAGCAGCUCCGGGGGCAGCCCGGCACUCCCACUCAGCCGCCUCCAGGGACCCCCCAGCGUCCGCCAAGCCGCUACUGCGCUGGGACGAGGUGCCCGACGACUUCGUGGAGUGCUUCAUCCUGUCGGGCUACCGGCGACUGCCGUGCACGGCCCAGGAGUGCCUAGCCUCGGUGCUGAAGCCUACCAAUGAGACGCUCAACUUCUGGACGCACUUCAUCCCGCUGCUGCUGUUCCUGAGCAAGUUCUGCCGUCUGUUCUUCCUGAGCGGCGGCGACGUACCCUUCCACCACCCGUGGCUGCUGCCGCUGUGGUGCUACGCGUCGGGAGUGCUGCUCACCUUCGCCAUGAGCUGCACGGCGCACGUGUUCAGCUGCCUGUCGCUGCGCCUGCGCGCCGCCUUCUUCUACCUGGACUACGCGUCCAUCAGCUACUACGGCUUCGGCAGCACAGUGGCCUACUACUACUACCUGCUGCCCGGCCUCAGCUUGCUGGAUGCCAGAGUCAUGACCCCAUACGUGCAGCAGCGCCUGGGCUGGCACGUGGACUGCACGCGCCUUAUUGCCGCCUACCGCGCCCUGGUGCUGCCCGUGGCCUUCGUGCUGGCGGUGGCCUGCACUGUGGCCUGCUGCAAGAGCCGCACCGACUGGUGUACUUACCCGUUUGCGUUGCGCACCUUUGUCUUCGUCAUGCCUCUCAGCAUGGCCUGCCCCAUUAUGCUAGAGAGCUGGCUCUUCGACCUGCGUGGGGAGAACCCCACUCUCUUCGUGCACUUCUACCGCCGCUACUUCUGGCUGGUGGUGGCCGCCUUCUUCAACGUGAGCAAGAUCCCCGAGCGCAUCCAGCCGGGUCUCUUCGACAUCAUCGGCCACAGCCACCAGCUUUUCCACAUCUUCACCUUCCUCAGCAUCUACGACCAGGUGUACUACGUAGAAGAGGGCCUGCGCCAAUUCCUCCAGGCGCCGCCUGCCGCACCCACUUUCUCGGGUACCGUGGGCUACAUGCUGCUGCUGGUGGUCUGCCUGGGGCUGGUCAUCAGGAAGUUCCUAAACAGCUCCGAAUUCUGCAGUAAAAAGUGAGCCUCCCGCCUUGGAGGAGGCUACUGGUUCACCCAUCUGUUUGGAGUUUCUGUUGUUGCUACCGUUGGUUUGUUUUCAAGUUUCGUUGUGUUUUCUUCUUUGCUCAAGGAAGGUGCUGCAAAACCAUAGGGAAAAAGUUCACUGCUACAAAGGGAUCCCAACCCACUGGAGGCUUUGAAAGAGGAAGGUUGGGGGAGGGGUGGUCAAUUGGGAGGGAGAUAGUCACUGGUUCUUGCCCCUGGAAAAAAAUCAGGUGAUGUCUUUGACAUCCAGGGAUUUUUCAAAGGCAGUGAGUAAAAUCCCAAAUAAAGCCCCAAAGAGUUUGCUUUUCCAAUUAUCUGCGCCAUUGGUAAUAAGGAGUAGCCCAUAUGCGGUCAGGUACACAGUAAAGAGAGUAAAUAGAAUCUUUGGGAACUUUUAUUUCAGUCUAAGGAAUGCUUGGAUUUGUCAAAAGAAUGGAGCUUUGUAGGAAACAGGCACAGAGACGCAAACCCAGGGCUUAACCUGCUAGAAAAUGCAUGGAAUGUGAACACAGGUUAAUUAUUUCAAAAUGUUUUUCAGAUGUUAUUUAAAUAGUAAUAUAUACAAUGAUUUUUAAUAAUUUAUCAAAGCCUGUGAUAUGCACUGAAUUUUCUUUGUCACAUAGUUUUGAAUUUCUCGGCCUUCUGCACUGCAUACACUUGAACUGGACAUCAGGGCAAGCCGCUUGAGAGUUCUCAACUACUUUCUUAAACAGUGUUUUCUGAAGGCCUGUGUCUGAUACAACUGUGAAUUAUUCUAUCUUAGGGACUUUGGUCAAACUAUUGGUGAAGAGCUCAAGUGGUGUGUAUAGACCCAGAUUUUUGUUUACUUUAAUUAAUGUAUUCCACAAAACUCAUCCUGGUUUUUGUUUGUAUGUUUUAUUUUUAAUCUUUUUCUUUCCUUCUCUACUUAUUUAAAUUGCCACUGGAAUAAAUGUGCCUUUUGAAGCAAUGUCCAAAUGACUGGUCCUCAAACGCAGUUUCUUACAUGGGGAGAGUAGUAAGAAUAAGCUUUUCUUACUUGACUGCAAGUCAAGGUUUCAUGGUCCACCCAGGAAGGCAGAAGAUGGUGUUGGUUUCAAGUUUUUGGUAGGACUGGAAGUAGCUUACGGGAGCAAGCAGAGCAUUUGGAUUCCCUACGAGGACAAAGUGCCAACCCGCUAAUGUAGAUGUGUUCCUAGUGCAGCCGUGGGAGAAGGGGAGAGGACGCUGUUCUAGACUGAUGCCAUCCAUCCUUGUUUAAUAUUAAAAAUAUAAUAUCCGACAAUAAAUGAGGUAGUUUUAUUAUGAAAGGCAGGAGCGUAUUAUUGAGCUGUCACUGAAAAUUUUGAGUUACAUAAGAUGACACUUGCCCAGUUAAACGCUGAAGUUUCAUUUGGGUCCAGACUAUGGAAAUGAUUGGCAGUCACCCUAAACCCUUGAACCAUUCAUGAACAUGUCCCUGAGAUCCUUUCUAACAACCAGAUUAGCCAGUGUUAUUUAGACAUUUCCUACAAAUACUAACCUGUAAUUGAGAUGGCCACUCUAGGUUAACACAAAUGACUGAGAUGACUUGUUUAAAUACCUGUCACACUUCCUGGUAAGUGGUUUUGUUAGGAGCCAAUUAAGUCAUUGAAUGGGGAUUCUCUUUUUUUUUUUUUUUUUUUUUUUUUUUUUUUUUCUUUUGAAGACAUGUGUGCCUUUAUUGGCUGAGCAGGAGGAAUGGGUGGCCCCGAUGCCCAGCCAGCUGUGCUUCACUGGCUUGUAGGUGAUGGAGAGCUUGUCCAGGUAGUGCUGAUCAUCUUGGGUUGAUCUCCGUCACCUGGUUGAAGGUCUUGGGCAGGAUGAUCAUGUCCCACAGGUGCAUCUUGACUUUAUGGUAUAAUUUAGAUCAUGCAUAUGAGGUAGAUGAACACUUACCUCAGCACUGAUAGGCUGGCACUUCUAAAACAAUUGGCUGUUUUUGUUUAUGCUUUUAAUCGCUUUUCUAUUUGUGAACAGAGAAGCUCAGCACAAUUCCCCGGAGGAACCAGUAUCCUUGUGUGUGUUAUUCUGUACAUAGAAGUUAAAUUUAUAUAUGUCUAUAUUUAAUUUAGAACCUCUUAAUGAUAUUGUAAAUACACUUUGGAUAGUUGCUGAUGAGUGUUAGUGUCUCAUCCUUUGUGAAGUACAAGGAGAUUCCUGUUAGGUUACAGGGGCUAAUUUGUACUUACCAUAGAUGUUAUUCCUCAGCUGUAACUUAAUUCGAUACAUGCAUUCAAGGACAACUGUGGAAAUCAGGAUAUUUCCAGAUGCAAAUUUAUUUGCAUGUCAUCGUUGUCUCUUCUAGAGCCCCAAAGAACAUUGGUCUGGAAGCUAGAAAAACAGGUUAAAGCGUAUUAUGUCAUUUCUUGUAAAAUGGGACCUUGAUUUCAGAAGGAACUUUCAAGAAGAAGACUUCUAGAAAGGAUUGAUGAGUCUGAGAACAAUAACUAAAACACUGGAUUUGUCAUUUUAAUUUUUUGUUGGUCUUCUAGGUCCACAGACAGAAUUCUCUUCUUGCCCUGUGUCUUUGACCUUAAGGAGAGGCCACUUAAGGAUAAAAUUAUAACCAUAUCAUUUUUCAGGUGAUUAUGCUCAUGAGGACAGUGAGAGGACAGUUUUUGCCAGGCAGGUUUCAGCACCCAGCAUGUCCCAGAGAGAAUGAGGACUCACUUUCCUCUUCCCUUUGCCUUUUCCUUCCUCCACUGUCCUCUCCUGUUCCAUCUUAGAUUUUGGAGACCACAUAUGAUAUUGACAAGAGGACGUUCUAGUGGAAAACUGGUUUGGCUUCACUUCGUAUUUGCAAGUAGGUACCAUAUAUACUACUCAAAGCCAGGGAUGAUUUGUUAAAACUAUACAGUUUAUUAGCUAAAUUAUAUCAGAUUUCUGUCAAGAUAAUGAUGUUUUAGAAGCAAAUGUUUACUUUGAAUCUCCCCACUUGGCAUAGAACUAUCCAGGUUUAUUACGUAUUUCGGGGUGAUGUGGCAAUCAGAGCAACAUAUAUUUUGAAAUAUUUUUCACACUUUCCAUUUUGCCACAUUAAAAUUCAGUUUUACUUUAUUGUGCUCAGCUGUUUGAAAUGUAGGACAAAUUAUAAAUAAGAAUUCACUCCAUUAUCUCUGUACAACCUAUUUUGGCACUAGAAUUUUGAAGCAUAUUAUGUAAUAUGUUUCAUUUUUACUUGUUAGUCAUGAUCUGGAUGACGUCUCAAGGAGCAGCACCAUAGAGUCAUGCCUGGAAAACAAAGGUGUUCGACUUCAGUGCCUGUCACCCUGUGAGUUGGUCUCUGGGGCUGACUCAGACUGACUUAGUUGGCUAAUGGGGUUAACUUUCUUCCCUGCCCUUCUUGCAGCUCAGGUGAAAAGCAUGACCUUCCCAGAGAGAUGAAGUGAGUUCUUCAGUCAUGUCAUGACUGGCUUGUAAAAAUAAAUGUGAACUUUUCCACUAGCCAUACACUUUCUAUAAAUAGCCCAGGGAGAAAGUAUGGGGCUUCAGAGCUGGACAGAGUGGCCUUCAGUGUUUCCAUUCAUAAAUCCAGCUUGUAAGUGCUUGCAGUCAAAAAACCAUUUAGCCUAAUUUAUAGUGAUACUUCAUGGGAAUUAUUUCUAGGAAUGCAAAAUUUCAGGAUAGAGGUGAUUUUUAUCAUUUUUUCCUGAUUUGGUGCCAAAUCUGAGGACUAACAGCAAUAAUAAACAGGAAGUUUUAUCUUCAAAUCUCUUCAUAACCUUAAUUAGUUCAUCUGCACAAAGCUAUAAUAGGAGACAGGUAUGGUAGAAGUUAUCACCAUCUCAAGGCUUUACAGUUGGUCCAAAGUGACAGGAUUAAGUUUUCAAACUGGCAUUAGAAUGCAGGGACCAUUUGUGUGCUCAAUUGUGUUUACUAGUUUGUAUGGCUAUGAUGCCUGACCAAGCACACAGACACUAAUUGGAAAAAUGAUAUAAAGACAGUCCCUUAACUGACUAACUUUAAAAUUGAGCAAAGAUAUGGCUGUCUUUGAAAUUAGAUCAAAAUAUGUCACACAAAAUGUUAUCAGCCACUUAAAAUGGCUGUUACCAUCUUGUUCUUCAACUGUUGAAGUUUACCACUGCUGACUUCACUCUGUCAGCAUUCUUUGAGCUGCUCAUUCAUGCAAUCAUGUCAUCCCUUUCAUGAUCAUUGAGCACCUACUGUGUGUAAGACAUUGGGCAAGGACCCAUCUGUAUUAUUACAGCCAUUACCCUUUGUCUUCUGGUGGAACAGAGAGGCCCCAGAAAGUCUCUCUGUCCAUGAACCAAACUCUGAUCUUAGCUGUAGGCGGAAUGCUGUAAGUCCCUGAGUUUGGGUCUCUUUUCUGUUAGCGUAAGUGCAAUGCAUGGAAUAUUAUUUCUAUUCACACACUGACUUCCUCAGCAAUCAAUUUCUUUCUUUUCUCUUUUUCUGUCUGCUUCUAGGCCUACUGUUAAAAAUAACUUGAAAAUGUAAUGUACAAUCCAGGGGAGGGGAUAGUCAGCAUAUGUACAGAACUGAAAAACUUAUCACUAAUAUUAUGAAAACAUUAGUAACAACAACUAUUGGAAGGCUGAUAACAUUCAUACUAUUAUGAAGAGUGGAUCAUCCAAUGUGCCUAAAUUGUGAUGUCUUUAAGUGUCUGAAUUUUAUAGUGUAAUAAAGUAAAAACAACACAACAACAAAUAAACCACAUACAUAAGAGCUCAAAUGCUUAGAUCUCCAAACUUAAUGAGAUUAAUGUUCUCUAGCCCUUUCCCUCUUUUAAAUCUUUGUGUCGUGACUUAUGAAACAUGUCUUAGAAAACAUUAAUUUGGAGGAAAUCAUUAAAAAUGUCAGAUGUAAAAAAGAUAGGCAGAAUGCAUGGGAAGGGGAGAACAAAGAGGGUUAGAGUCAAAUAAUCAGAAUGGGGCAGCAAGUUUAACUGUGCAGUUAGCCUUUAAAUUGUCUUCAGAAAAGCAUGUGAACUCCCAGGGUGUUAGUGUUCAAGUAGACAGGCAAGGAAUUCUGUUUGUCAGCUUAACCACAUCUUGCAGCUUUUGACCUGAGCACGAGUGUCCAGGCAUAUUUUGAGUAGUACAUUUAUCUCCUGGCUUAAUGUCCUUAAUUUGUUUCCAUGAAAUUAGGACGUAGGCAAAAAGGCAUUAGGGGAUAGCACCAGCCAAUUGUAAAUCACCUUUUGAAUCAUUUUCUUGAAGGAUUGCCAAUAUUGUCUGACAUAUAUUGCCUGACAAAAAGCGAACAAGCCUAGACAAACAGAAAAAGGAAGCAUUCAGUGGUUGAAGCUGAGCACUGUUGUAUUCUUUUGUCAGAGGCCACACAUUUUCUAUGGAAGAUUUGGUUUCUUCAAUAUUACAAAUAAUUAUUUCUUAAUUGUGAAAAUGGAUGUCAGUCCUUCUUAGUCACUCUUCCAAAAAGCUAAUACAAAUUUCUGUUGUUGCCAUUUAGAAAAGAAUAACUGUAUUGCAUUUCUGGUUUGCAGGUUUCUAACCAGUUUGUAGGCAUUUUUGUUCUAGAAUGGCUUCUUAAGAAUCUGUGAACAAGUUGCAGAAUUAAGAGUGUUUACUUAUAAGUCAAGGGCCAAGAAUGCUCAUUUACCUGUUAAUUGUGGCAGAAUGUGACUUUUGAAAGCUCGGAACAUAUACCUAUAUGCAACAAUAUGCACACCUAUUUACUAUUUAGCUCAAUGGAAAAGCAGCCUAUUCUUUGAGCUUUUGAGAAUGUUUCCCAAUGUAUUGUGCUUCUAAAUGUAAUGCACUUGCUCUAAUGCUUUUGUUCUCAAUCAAUCUCUGGGAGCUAUUCCAAACAUGGCAUUUCUCAAGGAAAAUUUCUUGAAUGUGCAAAAUUAUUCUCGAAUGUGUAAAAGUGACAGGCCACCUUUCUCUCACGCCUUAUACCUCCAACCAAAAUAUGCAAUAAGCACUCAAGGCAGAAUGGGAGGUCUGUCUUCAGGUGGUCAUAUGGCCAUGCUAUAAAAAUGGUCCUGCUUCUCCCAGUUCACCAUGAUAUUGAAGAAGGACACCAUGUAAAUAAACCCUUGUUUCUAGAUAAAGCAUGGGAACACAAUUUCAUUUCUUCUUAGUUCCAUCUCUAGUUAGAAAGCAUAAUCUGUUUCUUAAUAUGCUGAAUGCAAAAAAUAAAAUUCAUGGGAAAAUUUUUUAAAGAAGUAUCUCAAUUUUAUAUUUGUAAAGUUUCUAAUAGCAAUUUGUUUGUAAAAAUAGGCCUUAGCACAUAAAUGAGAACCAGAGCUUUUUGGAAAGACUCAUCUUUAUUGGGGAGUUUAAUCACCUUGAGCUCUUACCCAAAUGAUAAAGACCUGGUAGGUCGUUUAAAAUAUAAAUAAUAUGUAGUUAAAAGAAGGAUACAAAUCAUUUUUUAAAAAAGAGGAAAACACGUUAGAGAGGUUAUUUAGAUGUGUCUUAUGGCUGAAUUUAAAAGUCUUUUUUAAAAAUUCUGGUUAGAAACUUUAUUAAAUUCCUUCUCCCAGCAAAACCUGGCACAGAAGGUCUACUUUUCGACCAGGCUGGUUUUCUUUUCUGGAGGCUAUGAACAAAAUUAUUCUAACCAAUUAGCUGAGUACCAAGUUAUAAGUAUGGUGAGUAACAUAACCAGUAAAAUGUGCAACCCUGGAACUCUGUCCCUUGUUUCUUCAGAGUAGAAAGAAGAGUAAGCCCCAUGCCAUCACUACAUGGACCAGGAAAAGGCUUUCUGUGUUUCAGGGCUGGAGGAGGACUCUGUGGCUGCUUUUUUAAAUCUGCAUAGAGCAUGUGGUCGCUCUGAACUCUCAUUUCAGCCAUCUCCCAGGUCAUUUUCACUACCAAUGAAGCCUUCACUUUCCACAUAUCCAGCUUGAAGAGAAGUGAUUUCAAAAAGGAUGCCAUGGGUAUUUCGGCCUUCUCCAACCAUCUGCCUUAUGAGCUUCAUCCAUUUCCAAACUAAGGAUUUAAAUAUGGUGACUGUCCUUGGAUUUGCAAGAAUGUACUACCAGCAGGUCCCCUUUUGCAGUAAAGGGCAUUAUACUUGAAAGGCCAUACGCAUUUCUUCCUUAGGUCAGAGGCAGAGGGAAGAUUUAACGGUGAUCAAAUAGAGAUCUUCAUGUGUCUGGUUUUUGUUUUUGUUUUUAAGUUCAUUUAAGGGUGAUGAUGGAGAAAGAAGGGAGUAAAAAUGAUGCACACAUAAAGAAAUUGUUCCCAUUGCUUGCCGGAUUCAUUCUUUUUAGGCUACCCUUAACUCCCCUCUUCACCUACAUCCUAAUGAACUGUAUUUAACUAGCAAGAGAGGCAUUCUCAGGAUAUGUGAGUUUCCAGACAUGAACUACCAUGUGGUUUCAAAUCAAUAGUGUAUUCUAACAGAAAAGCAUUACCUAAUCAUAAUUAUGCAUUAUGUGAUAAACAAAAUAA